AUGAAUAGUCAUUAUGUCGAUGAUGUUGAUGAGUAUAAUCUAGAUAAUGAAGAAUCGAUACGUUCUAAAUGGAAAGAGACAAGAGGUUGUAAAAUAGGAUUGAAAUCCUAAGACUUUUAGCCUUUUCGUAAAGAAUUCUUGCAUGUAUAAGAUUUAAUUAUUUUCUUAAGAAAAAUUAAGAAAGUUAUAUGAUGACAGAAGAAAGAAUUGAAGCCUUUUAUAGAGAAAAAGAAAUAAUAAUAAAAACUUUAGAAAAUUAAAAAGUACCUCCUCCAUAUUUAAGUUGGGCUUCAGCUAAUUUCCCAUCUCCUAUUUUAGAUUCAAUAGAAUAAUUAUAAUUUAAGAAUCCAACAGUUAUUCAAUCUGUAGGUAUAAUUAUAAUUUAAAUAUUUAAUUUAAGUUUUUCCAAUAAUUUUAGCUGGAUAUGAUGUAAUAGGAGUUGCAUAAACAGGAUCUGGAAAAACUAUAGCAUAUUUAUUACCAGGAUUAAUUUAAAUUACUAAUUAAAUAAAUGAAGAAUCAAAUAAUACUAAAAAAUAAAAUAGUCCUCAAAUGUUAAUUUUGGUUCCAACUAGAGAAUUAGCUAUUUAAAUAGAUUCAGAAAUUUAAUUAUUUACAUAGAAUUAUAGGUUAAAAACAGUUUGUGUUUAUGGUGGUCUAAACAAUAGAAAAACUUAAUAUUUUAAUUUAGGAAAAUCUCCAAAUAUUUUAGUUGCAACUCCAGGAAGACUCUUAGAUUUUUUAAAAGAAAGAGUAAUAACAUUAACUGAUGUGAGUUAUUUAGUUAUUGAUGAAGCAGAUAGACUUUUGGAAAUGGGUUUUGAAGAUACAACAAGAGAAAUAGUUUAAUAAAUUAGAGAAGAUAGAUAAACAGUUCUUUUUUCAGCUACUUGGCCUAAAGCUGUAAAAAAUUUAGCAUUUGAUUUUUGUUAAUAAAGUCCAAUCUAUGUAUAAAUAGGGAAAUCAAAUUUAACAAUAAAUAAAAAUAUUGAGCAAGAAAUUAUUUGUCUUUUUUAAAGAGAAAAAUUAAAAUCAUUGCUUAGUAUUUUAGAUACAUUAAAAAUAUCAGAUAAAGUUCUUAUUUUUUCAGAAUAAAGAUAUCGUUGUGAAUAAUUAGCUAUAAAUAUGGCUGAUAUGGGAUACUAUACAAUAGCUUUACAUGGUGAUAAAACCUAACCUUAAAGAGAUGAAAUAAUGAAAGCAUUUCGUAGUGGAUAGACUCGAUUAUUAUGUGCAACUGAUUUAGCAUCUAGAGGAUUAGAUGUUACUGAUAUUACAGUUGUAAUUAAUUAUGAUUUUCCUAAAUAUUUUGAUGAUUAUAUUCAUCGAAUUGGAAGAACUGGUAGAGGAGAAAAAAAAGGAAAAUCUUUUAGUUUUUUAGCUUAUGAUAAAGAUGAGUCUUAUAUGGCAAGAGAAAUAUUAAAAUUAGCUUCAAUUACAAACCUUAAAUAUGAUGAAUUUGCUUUACUAAAUUUUGCAAAAGGAAUAUGUAAAACUUUUUAUUUAAUUAUAAGUACCAUAAAUUAGAAAUGAUUUUGAAUCUGAUAGAUUUAUAUAAUAAUAACCUGGAAAUUAUAGUUAAAAAGUCAAUUUUACAUUUCCUAAAAAUUCUAAAGAAUAAUAUAAUUAUGAUUUAUAGAAAUUUAAGUAAAGUUUUAAAUUAAAAUAUAGGAAUCCUUAAGAAAAUCGAAAUUAUUAAAAUGACAAAAAUUAUAGACAAUUUUAAAGUGUUCAAAACUAAAAAGAAGAUUCAUCAUUUAGGGAUUCUAACCAGUAAAUAUGUUCACUAAAUAAAUAGCAAUUUUAAUUUUUAAAAUAAUGAGAAAUAUUAAGAGUAAAAUAAUUAGAUAAACAGAAGUUAAUACUAAAGAAAUAAUUAAUAGAGUGAGAAUAGGAAUCAUAAAAAUUACAAUUGUGAGAUGGCAGAGGAUGGAUAAAAUUAUUAUUAAAAAGAAGAGAUAAAAUAUCCUAAUGGUAAAUAAGAAAGAGUUGAUAGAUAAAAUAGAUAAGAAGAAUCAUAUAAUUUAAAUAAUAAAUUUGGUUCGGAUUGCUAAAAUAGGUUUUAUUAAAAUGAUAGAUUUGAUAAAUAAAAUAGAUAGGAAAGAUAGUUUAGAUAAUAAGAAUAAGAUCGAUCUUCAAGAUUAGAAACUUAAUAAAGAUAAAUUGAUAAAGAAAUAUAAGAUAAACAAGAAUAUAUAGAAAAUAAAUAUGAUAGAUAAAAUAAUAAUUAUAAAAAUGACCGAAGAGAAUUUAGAUAGUAAGAAGAAAUGAGAAGAGUAUUUAAUGAUAAAUAAGAAAAACCAUUUAGAUAAUAUGAAAAAUCAGAAAGAUCAGAAAGAUAAUUUGAAAAUAAUCGAGGGAAUAGAAGGGUGAAUUUUAUUAAUUAAGAUGAGGAUAGAUUAGAAAAUAGUAAAGAUUAAGAAAUUUCAUUGAAAUAAUAAUAAACUAAAAUUAUAUUUGAUAGUAAUUAAUAAAGAUGGGAUAAUUAAAGAAAUGCUUAAUUAGAAGAUUUUAGAUAAAAUUCAAAAUAUAUGUCAUAAUCAUAAUAAAUAUCUGGUUUUAAAAAUAAUAUCAAAAGCUAUGAAAACCAUGGUGAAGAUUUUAAGAAUUUCAGAUAAGAAGAAUAUAAAAGAUAACAUUAUAAUCAUGAUGAUGAAAGACAUAGUAAAAGUUAAUUUCAUUCAAGGUAUGAAAAAAUAGAUUAAAUUAAUAACUUUAAAGAUUAAUAAAAUAAAAAUUAAGUUAAAUUUCAGAAAGGAGAUGAUGAUUAUAAAACAAAAAAUUUUAAUAGAUUUUAAGAAUAGGAGGAAAAUGAUAGACCUCAAAAAUUUAGAAAUUUUGAUUCAAGAAACAAUAAUUAUCAAAGUCAAGGAAAACAUUAUUACGAUUAAAAUGAAAAAUAGGGAUAAGCUAAUUUUAGAAACUAAAGAUAGCCUUAUAAUGAAUAAUUUGAAUAUAAUAAUAAUUCAAGAUAGUAAAAAGACUAAUAAAACAAUAGUUUUAAUAGAGUAAAUAGAAAUCAAAUAGAAUAUAGUAAUAAUGAUAAUAAUAAAUUCAAAUCUUAUAGAAAUACUUAAAGUCUAGAAAGAAAUGAAUAAUUUAGAUUUUUCAAUUCAAAACAUAUUACUUAAAAUGUCACAUCAGCAGAUGAUUAAUUUAAUAAUUUUAAUAAAUAAAGAUCAGAAGAAAAUAAUCUUUAGAGAAACAGAAACUAGAAUUAACAAAAUCUAGUAGAUUUUAAAGAAAAUCGAUUUAAUAUAAAUUAAGGUCAAAAUUUAGAAGAAUCUAAGAAAUAAUCGUUAUCUAUUAAUGAGAAUUAGGAUGUAAUUGGGGAGACUAAUGAAGUUUAAGAAUAUAAUUUUAAUUAUGAUCCUAAUAAAUCGACAUCUGAAAAUGGAGAAGUUUAAGAUCAUAAACAGAUUGAUGAUUUUGAAUAAAUUAAUUAAGAAAAAGAAAUUGAUAGUUAAAAUGUACACAAUUAGAAUAUUAUCUUAAAAUCAAUCUUAAAAACUAGUGUUCAAAUUCCAACAGUGAUAGGAUCUGAUUAAAUUUAGGUUAAGAUAGAGUAAAAUUUAAGAAAUGUUGAAGAUGAUAUAAAUAAUAUGAAAUCUAAUUUUAUUGAACAAGAAGAAGAAAAAAAUAAAGGAGAAAGUUCUGAUAAUGAAUUUGAUUUUACACGAUUCAGUAAAUCACUUGAACAAGAAAGUUAAAUUAAAUAAGAUCCAAAUUAGUAGUAAUUAUUUUUAUUUAUUUAUAGUUAAUAACUUAAUAAUAAUACAGAAAAUGUUGCUGAGGAACAACAAUCUAAAUUAGACUAAUGA